AUGUUCUCUCGCAGCUACUCCCGCCUUGUCGCGUCCAAAACCGCCGUACCCUUAUCGACAUACCUAGCGAGAGUCGGCCGGCCGUACUCCUCUUCUGCCGCUUAUGAACACAUCCUGAUUUCUACUCCCAAGCCGGGCGUUGGAUUAAUCACAUUGAAUAGACCGAAAGCACUCAACGCUCUAAGCAGCCCCCUCUUCAAGGAGCUCAACGACGCGCUCACCAAGUAUGACGAAGAUGAAGCCAUCGGGGCGAUUGUAAUAACCGGCAAUGGGAAAGCAUUCGCAGCCGGCGCCGACAUCAAAGAAAUGGCCCCUCUAACCUUCUCGGCGGCGUACUCGAACAACUUCAUCGCUCCGUGGUCACAUCUCGCUAACUCGGUCCGCAAGCCCGUCAUCGCCGCGGUAGCCGGAUACGCUCUUGGCGGCGGGUGUGAGCUCGCCCUGAUGUGCGACGUGAUCUACUGCACUGCCAGCGCGACCUUCGGCCAGCCGGAGAUCAAGCUCGGCGUGGUUCCCGGGGCGGGGGGAUCCCAGCGCCUCACGCGCGCAGUGGGCAAGAGCAAAGCCAUGGAGCUGAUUCUCACGGGGAAGAACUUCAGCGGCCGCGAGGCCGGGGAGUGGGGGGUCGCCGCUAAAGUGGUCGAGGGUGACCACCAGGCUCUCCUGGGUGAAGCCAUCGCCACCGCGGAGACGAUUGCGGGAUACAGUCGUGUCGCGGUUGUUGCGGCCAAGGAGGUGGUCAACAAGAGCCAGGAGCUGUCCCUGCGUGAGGGGGUUGAGUAUGAGCGCCGCUUGUUCCAUGGUCUGUUUGGUAGUGAGGACCAGAAGAUUGGAAUGAAGGCGUUUGCAGAGAAGAGGAAGCCGGAAUGGACGAACAAAUGA